GACCUUCUCCCGAGCAUGGUCUCACCAAAAGGAGGAGGCUGAUUUGGAACUGGCAAGAGGUCUCACAAAUCAUCUAAUACAGCUCCCUGGUUCCUGACAUACCUUGAGCAGCUACCCAGUUCAGGUCUCGUGAUCCAGGAAAAUGAUUGGCUUCAGUGAUGCCCGUGACCUUGUGUCAUCCCUGUUCAUCAUGCUGGACAAGAAAAUAUUUAUCCUGUUUCGCAUCGAGUUCCUCGUGGUCAUCGUCACACUGUUAUUCUUUGUGAUGUUCCUCAUGGAUUUCUUUCGCCACAUCAUCCACAACUCCCUCAUGAGAGCUGUCUUUAGCGUGUUCGAUGCGGUUUCUGACUCCAUUGUCUUAUACCUCCUGGGGGCCAUGCAAUCAGCACCUUUCAAGAAUCAGUUGUUCCCAGUCUGGGCCCUUGUGCUUGUCAAUUUCCGUUACAGUGCAGACUACAUCUCAGGUUAUGGUGUCCCUGACCGUGGUGGGCGAAGGUUCAUUGAAUGGAGAAACGUGUUGAAGCUUCUGGGGACAGCAUUCUUGAAUUGGUCACGUGGAUCCAGGUUCGCACGUCCACUGUGGUCGCUUUGGGCUCUGCAGAUACUGAGGAGCGGGUACAGAUUCCAUUCACAUAGUCUAGCAUUCCAAUCUGUCUGGCAUGGCGGGAGUUCAGAGCUUGUCUCAGAAUACAUGCAUUCCAAUUAUAAGCCUAGUAACCCAGAGCCACAGGACUGUGACCCAGGGACGAUGAAAGGAUACAACUACUUAGUCUAUGGAGAGUCAAAGCAGGGUAUGAAGUUACGGAAACCUCAGUAUGCUCUGGACAUAGAUUCUGCCGACCAGCCAAGAAAGACCCAGAAAACCAGACGUCGCUCUGCUACAAGAGAAAGUCCUACCAGCAGCCCCAGGUCCGCACAGGAAAGGUCACCACUGAUCACGCUAGACAAGAUCUGGGGGUGUCUCACUUGCCUACUAAACAACCCUGAGGGCAAUGAUGGGAAGGUUCUCUCUCUGGCCUUCGCCCUGUCCAGGCUGCUCCGGUGCAGGCUUGAGGAUGUAACACCACAAGAACAUAUCUUCUGCAUAAACAGACAGCUAGUCAAGAAGAUAAUAGACGAGAAUAUUGGCACCAAUGAUGCCUUUAGCAUCAUGGAACUCCAGCUUGCGCUCACCAAUGACUAUUUUAACACCCGCUACCCAAUGGUCUUCUGGUGCGGGCUCCUAUCCUUCUUCAUGAGUUUGCUUCCAUCUGUGGUGACCUUCGGUGUUGUCUGCUGGCUUGGGGUCGACAUUCGUAAGGUUUACAAGCCCCCCAAUGGCGAGCUUGCCAAUCUGGUGAAGGGGUUUAAUGUUGACAUGAUCAUCACAUGGGCAUUCAUCGUCUUGAUGAUGAUCAAGGAGAUCUGGGAGAUGGUCACCUACUUACUCUCGGACUGGAUGAGAUUACUCCUGGUGUGCAAGUAUGUGCAACGGAAGGACAAGAGCAUUGACGAUAGAUGUAUGGAUCACAUAAUAGUAUCAUUUUUCAGAUCUAAGAUUAAUAAGAAGUGGCAUGGACUCAUUGACCAGUAUGUCUUCGUGCAGUCAUAUGAUGACAGACCAAGAUGCUGGAAUUACUUGCACAACCUAACCACAGGAAUGGUUCCAAAGAAGGAUGAUGGGGCAAAGCUCAGCAGUGCCAUCAAAGUUCCCAAGUAUGUCAGGCAGGCAGUUCUAGAGAAGCUCCACAAAAUUCUGAUGGAAGCUCAAAGUCAUAGUCUGCCCAGUGUCAUCAAGACACUGUCUGACGUUAAUAGUAACAGAAGGGAGCAGUUAAAGCAGUACUUGCCCUACUUGUACCUGCCUACAAGCUCUCACAUCAUUCUUGUGUGGCACAUCGCGACCAGUCUAUGUGAGAUGGAGCUUGCUAAAAAACAAAGUGUCGACUUAAGCAACCCUGGGUUUCUGUGCUCCCUCUUGUCCUGCUUCACUGGUUGCUGCUCAUCAAAACCGUAUCUUAUGGAUGUGGAUGAGAAGAAGAGAAAGAGCAUCUUCUCGUGGUUCACAAAUUGCUGUCCAUCACAAUUGAAUAAGCAGAAAGUGAGUGGGAUGUUGCCUGAUAAGCUCCAGGAAACGUACAUCACCGCGAAUAGCUUGUCACGGUACUGUGCAUAUCUGCUUGUUUCAAAGCCUGACCUGAUCCCUGAUAGCUUUCUUGUGCCCAAGAUAGUGUUCCAAAACGCCGUGAAGAGUGCUCGUGAUGGCAUUCUGAAAUGCUGUGAUUCCUUACAGAGCAGGCACAUCAAACUGCAGGAAGAAGCAGAUAAACCUAUCAAAGAAUCUGACUAUGAAGAUGUCCUGAAACAAGGUGCGAUAUUGGGCAGAAAACUGCUUGAUCAUGAGAGUGAAGAAGGCCGCUGGGAGAUCCUAGCCGGGGUAUGGGCCGAGUUACUUAUACACAUCGCACCUACUUGGAAUGCAGAGGCACACAAGAAGUGUCUCUCUGGAGGGGAGUUUAUAACCCAAAUAUGGGCAUUGCUCUGGCACUGUGGCAUCCAGAAGAGCAGCUUGUGGCCAAAGGAAGAUGCAACUAAAAACAAUGCUUCUGCAGAACCUCAGGAUAAUAAUGCCAGGAAUGACAAUGGACAGGUUGUUGAGGAGACGCAGCAAGCUGGUGCAGAUAUGAGGAACAACCAGAUUAGAAUUAAAGUUCAUGAAGCGGAUGAGCUCAAGGGAUCCAAAGAUCCCAGGAUAGGAGACAUAAGGAGAGGACCAAGGAGAAUGGAGGGAGCAGGGAGUUCAGAGAUUGAGGAGGCCUCUCAGGCUAUGGCCGUGGAGACCACAAAUAGUCAGGGAGGCAUCGCCGCAGAAAGCCCAAAACAAGGCUGAAGCGGAGAAAGGAUAAAUCUGAAACAAUGUAGCCAGAAGUUCUGCAAGAAAACCACAAGUGUGUGCUGAAGAUCCUUUGGUCUUUCAUUUGGGAACUUGAUUCGUUAUCUUGUUCUCUCCUGAACUCGUGGCUGCAUGACUACUGUGGUAUGUGUAACUUAGAUUCUGAAGUGGCCUUCCUUGUAUGGCUAGCAGAAAUUAAAUUUGUUGUCUUCAAUAAAUUUGAAAUUAGUACUUCCUCUA